UGGAAACAAGCCAGGAAACCUGCCUCUGGGGACUGGCAGUGACAUCAUUAAAGGCAAACCUAUCUUCUGAUGUUUGGUUGUGAAGCAUGACAUACUUUCUUCCACAGUGCUUUCAGUUUAGAUGUUCUAACAAGUUUCUUCAAAACUGGUGUCUAUCAGCUACAGUUUGUCUUAGAUACUCUUCAUCAGCGGUUCAGACAAUACCUAGCAUGCAGCUGAGUAAACAUGAUGAACACAUUCAUGUCAUGGAUGCCAGUACAAAUGUGUGGAACGUCAUAAAGGACAUUACAGAGUCAGGACUACAGGAGGACCCAUUCUGUCUUUGUGAUAUUAGUGAUGUAAUAAAGAAACAUGAGGAAUGGAAAGUGCAGAUGCCCAGAAUCCAACCAUUUUAUGCAGUGAAAUGCAAUGACAGUCUGAAUGUGAUCAGAGUGCUGGCUGCACUAGGAACUUGCUUUGAUUGUGCUUCAAAGGCUGAAAUCAAUAAAGUUCUGUCUGUUGGUGUGGAUCCAAGUCGCAUAAUUUUUGCACAUCCUGCAAAACCAUUAUCCCACCUUCGCCAUGCAGCAGCUGUAGGUGUUGAUCUAAUGACUUUUGAUGGUGAACGAGAGCUUCACAAAAUAAAAAACGUGUUUCCUACUGCAAAGCUGGUGAUACGGAUACGAUGUGAUGCAGCUAUAGCAAAAAGCUGCCUGGGGAAGAAAUUUGGUUGUGAUCCAGAGAGAGAGGCACCACAUCUAAUGAAUGUGGCACACUCAUUAGGACUAGAGAUUGUGGGUGUCAGUUUCCAUGUUGGUUCUGGCUGUGGUGACCCACCUAUUUAUCACAAAGCUAUUGCAGCAUCCCGAAAGGUUUUUGACCAUGGGGUGUUUCUGGGUUUCUCCAUGAAACUAAUUGAUAUUGGUGGUGGUUUUCCUGGUGAAAAGGGUUGUUCUUUAGACAAGAUAGCAGAGGUGGUGAAUAAUGCUCUGGAAGAAUUCUUUCCUGAUUGUGGCACACAAGUUAUAGCAGAACCAGGGCGCUUUUAUGUUGCUUCUGCUUACACACUUGCUGCAAAUGUCCACUCCAAAAGAGAGCUUAGUAAUGUAAAGGAUGGAUCCAUAACGUCAGUCAUAUACUAUAUAAAUGAUGGAGUAUAUGGUAGUUUUAACUUCAUAUUGUACAUUCCAGUUUGUGUACUUCUUGGUGGCAGGACACAUGCAGUAUACCCCAGUUCUAUCUGGGGUCCAACUUGUGAAGACAUAGAUAAAGUAGUAAACUUAAUUUUGCUGCCAGAGCUGAGCAUUGGUGACUGGCUGGUAUUUGAGAAUAUGGGUGCUUACAAUUUACAAGUGGCAUCUCCCUUUAGUGGCUUUCCCACCCCAAAAGUGCACACAGUGAUUGAUGAACAUGGCUGGAGGCUGCUUAAAAAUAAGGAUCUGAUGAAAGAAACUCAUUUUGUCAUUGGAAACUCCCCACCAAACUUGCCUCUAGGGACUGGCAGGGACACCAUUGAUGAAAAGUCUGUCUUCUCAACAUAAGACUCCAAUAUAUUUUCAGGUUUUGUAUAUUAACCUACUGAGGUGGGACAUUACAUAUACAAGAUUUUUGAAAUUAUUAUUAGACA